UCGCACUGAGGGAAAGUCGCCGCGUCCCGGGACUCCAGCGAUGGAGAAGGCGCUGGCGGUGCCGCGGCUGCCCCCGCACGACCCGGGGACUCCGGCGCUGUCGGUGGUGGACAUGCACACGGGCGGCGAGCCCCUGCGCAUCGUGCUGGCGGGGUGUCCGGAAGUGGCUGGCCCCACUCUGCUGGCCAAGCGGCGCUACAUGCGCCAGCACCUUGAUCAUCUGCGACGACGGCUCAUGUUCGAGCCCCGGGGUCACCGGGACAUGUACGGAGCUGUGCUGGUGCCUAGCGAGUUGCCGGAGGCGCACCUGGGCGUCCUGUUCCUGCACAACGAAGGCUACAGCUCCAUGUGCGGCCACGCAGUGCUGGCGCUGGGGCGCUUCGCCCUCGACUUCGGGCUGGUACCCGCACCCCCGGCCGGCGUCCGCGAGGCCCGAGUCAACAUCCACUGCCCGUGCGGGCUGGUGGCCGCCUUCGUGGAGUGCGAGGGCGGCCGCAGCCGUGGCCGGGUGCGCUUCCACAGCGUCCCGGCCUUCGCGCUGGCCACAGAUCUCUUAGUGGAUGUUCCUGGUCAUGGAAAGAUGGCUGUAGAUAUCGCAUAUGGUGGGGCAUUUUAUGCAUUUGCUAGCGCUGAAAGGUUGGGACUUGACAUUUGUUCUGCAAAGACAAGGGACCUUGUGGAGGCAGCGAGUGCAGUGACGGAAGCAGUCAAAGCUCAGUUUCAAAUCAGUCAUCCUGAGAGUGAAGACCUUUCCUUUCUGUACGGAACCAUAGUGACAGAUGGAAAAGACACUUACAGUGAGGAACCAACGACCAACAUCUGCGUGUUUGCCGAUGAACAGGUUGACCGAAGUCCUACUGGCUCAGGAGUGACGGCCCGAGUUGCCUUACAGUACCACAAAGGGCUUCUAGAACUGAACCAGACCAGAGCCUUUAAAAGCAGUACCACCGGCUCAGUAUUCACGGGCAAGGCUGUGAGGGAAGCAAAAUGUGGGGAUUUUAAAGCUGUUAUUGUGGAAGUGUCUGGACAAGCCCAUUACACAGGUACAGCAAGUUUUAUAGUGGAAGAUGACGACCCACUGAAGAACGGAUUCCUUCUCAAGUGACUUCAGUACUCCUCAGGGCUUUCUCUGAAUUAUGUGGAAAAUGACACCAAAUCGUAUGACUUCCAUUCUUUCUAAAGUGUUAUGCUGUAACUAAAUAUAAUCAUUAUACCUCAUAUUUGCACAUGUAAUUGGUAUAAAUAUCACCUAUGUCUAACCUACAAAAUGCUGAAAAUUCUAAAUAUUUGUCUAGUUAUUAACAUACCAGGUAAAAUUAAUACCUCAGUCCUGUUACUUUUAAAAUGUUAUUCUAUGCUACUUACUGUAAUAUUUUGUUGUAGAUGCUCUUUGAAUUAUAACUUGAUUUGUAGCCCUCACGACGACUCUUACAAGUUCAGUAUUUUAGUCUUCCAGGUUUUGAGUAAGAUAACGUCCUCUCUUUGAGCAGGAUGUAAGGGAGAUGGGUUUCUGUGAGGUACUAAACUCUUAGCCUACACAGCCUGGGAAGGACUGGGGUGGCCAGCUUCUGGGGACAGAUGCCGUGGCUCCUACCAGGAUGUUUUCUGUACUGCAAAGCCCAGCUCCUUCUCCAAGGUAACUGAGGUGCCAUUAGCUGAUGUGAGGAGACCAAUGAAAAAUCAGAUUUAUGCUACAUCUUUACGGCCCUUAUAAAAGGGAUUGUUUCUGCAUUAUAAACAUGGGAAAUCGAUGAAUUACUAGAGUAGGGUGAGUCUCCUACACAACCAAAUACAUGCCCCAUAGAUUUAGGCCUGAAAGAAAUGUUAACUAUUAAUUCUUGCUAGUUAAUUGUCUGUGAAUCUGUUAAGAAUAAUAUUUGAUCAGGGCGCCUGGGUGGCUCAGUUGGUUAAGUCUCUGACUUUUGGUUUGGGCUCAGGUUAUGAUCUCAGGGU